AUGCUGGGCGAUUCCAAGCAGCCGCGGCGGGACGUGCGUCCAAACGACGAAGCCGAAGCCGCUAAGGCGGCUGCCGAUGGCGAUGCUUCGCGGGCUGACGACAACCGGGAGGCCAAUCCUCACAUCCCGCGGUUCAUUGCCAAGGCGCCAUGGUACAUGAACGCCACUCCAGGCUUGCAGCACCAACGAACCCACGAGCAACGGCGGCAGCAGUUGGACGGCCCCAGUCAGAAGGGAGUCACCUCUCAUGUGGCCAUCAAAUAUCGCAAGAAUGCGUGCGAGAAUUGCGGCGCAAUCACCCACGACGCGAAGAGCUGCGUCGAGCGCCCGAGGAAGAAGGGCGCGAAGUACACCAAUGCCAACAUAUGCCCAGACGAGUUCAUCGUACAGAACACCGCAACGGGAUACGAAGCUGUGCGCGACCGUUGGGCAGGCUUCGACCCUGCCGCUCACCAGCUACUAGUCGAAGCCCAUCAGGCCGUGGAGGAGGAGCAGGAGCGCCUCCAGAUGCAACAGCUGGCUGCAAAGCUCAAAUCGCAAACUGACGACACCAACGAGAGCCCUAGAGGGAACGAGAAAGAUGAAUUCGCCGACAGCGAAACCACAUUCGGUACAACCGACGAUAGAACACGCACGACCACGCGGAAUCUGCGCAUUCGCGAAGACACUGCCAAGUACCUCAUCAACCUGAAUGUCGAUUCGGCCUAUUACGACCCGAAAUCCCGCUCCCUGCGUGACGACCCCCUGAUAGGCAUGGAGAACACCGGCCAGCACACAUUCAGGGGUGACAACGAGAUUUUUACCUCCGGUGAUGCGCAUAAGCUUAAGGAGAUGGAGCAAUUUGCGUGGGAGGUGCAGCAAAAGGGCUCCGCGGUAAAGUUCAUGGCACAGCCUACCGAGCUGGAGUUCUUGUACAAGAAGGACUCGGAGAAGCGCCAGAAAGAAAAGACCGUGCAAAGGCAGGCGUUGCUGGAGCGUUACGGCGGCUCGGAAUUUUUAGGGAGCUCUGAUGCUGCAGGUGGUGAACCCCCCGUGGAUCCAUCCAGAGAUCCACCGCCACCUUCGGAGAGGAGUUCGGAUACUCGUGUAUACGCAUUGUCGGCUUACAAGGAGGACGUCCAUACGCUAGGCCACACUACAGUCUGGGGGUCAUAUUACGACCGUGACAGCAAAAAGUGGGGAUACAGAUGCUGCAAGAGCACAUGCAGAGAUAGCCCGUGUACUUAA